GGGUUAAAGCGUUCCCUCUUCUCAGGCAAGCGUCACCGUGAUGAGGAUGAUUGCGUUACUCCCUCGUCUAAGAUACAGCGGAGGAGCGGUGAAAUGAAGAGGACGAUAUCUUAUGAGGACAGUCCGUAGUUGAUACCACGUGACAUGAAGGCUGCUGUAGACCGUUUGGUGGAGGAGGAUUUGAUAGGGGACGGGACCGACACGUUUUGUCUGCCGACCACCAGGGGCAAACACCAGGACCUCAAGUCCAUCUCAGCUGAUACGAUGGCCGAUAUACUGACCGGAAGUUAUGAUGACGUCAUCGAUACUUACAGAAUCAUCGACUGUCGAUACCCGUACGAGUACGAUCGGGGUCACAUCAAGGACGCAGAGAAUAAAUAUACACGUGACCAGGUCCAACAGUUGCUUCACGACACGCAGGCGUGUGACGUUACCGGAAAAAGAAACAUUCUCAUCUUCCACUGUGAAUUCUCAUCAGAGAGGGGACCCAAGAUGAUGCGUUUCCUGAGGGCCCAAGACCGUACUCAGAACGAGGCUAACUACCCGUCCCUGACCUUCCCCGAGGUGUACCUACUUGAUGGCGGUUACAAAGCGUUCUAUCACAAAGACAAGGCUCUGUGUCAACCAAUGGAAUACAAGCCGAUGCUGCAUCCUGGUCACUGCGAUGAUUUACGUCACUUCCGGUCAAGAUCCAAGUCCUGGGCUGCAGGAGACAAGAAAAGAACGAUAUCACGACGUCCCUGAACUACACAACUACAAAAAGGAGUGACGCAUGUCAGAGCUUCAUGUCAGAUCUUCAUGUCAGAGCUUCAUGUCGGAGCUCUUUGUCAGAGCUCUAUGUCAGAGCUUCAUGCCGGAGCUUCAUGUCGGAGCCAGAAACAAUUCUCUAUUGUUCGCAUUUCUUCCGGAAAUGGUUGUUGAUGUUAAAGAUUCUGAAGGGAGGCAUGUGUUUACUUGAAGGACAAAUCAAUACCUACAAACUGACCAUCCCCGUCGUUUUCAUCGUGAAGUGCUAUGUUUCCUUUCCUUGUUAUGUUACAUGGUCGACAGUUCAGGACGAGGACCUGUACAUGUACAUUGUGUCGACUGUAGUUUAUCUUUGUCUAGUGCUAUAUUGACUGAAGUGCUUUUACUUUUUGUAUACAUGUUUAUUUCAGUUGUUUACGAAAUAAAAUUUACA